AUGCUGGUGCUGUACGUGUUUGGGCGGCACCCGUCGCACAACUUCACGUACUCCGCGACGCUGCAGCAGGAGGCGGCGGAGUGGCACGAUGUGAUUGCGCUGCCGAUGAAUGAGGGGCGCCCAUCGACCAACAAGACGAUUGGUGACCUCAAGUGGGGCAAUGAGGCUGAGAUCGGGCUGAGCCGCAAGGUGUUCCUGUGGUUCGACAUGGCGCUGCGNGUCGCACAACUUCACGUACUCCGCAGGGCUGGAGGCGGAGGCGGAGCAGUGGCACGAUGUGAUUGCGCUGCCGAUGAAUGA